GAAACUACGCUCAGCGAUUCUGAAUGAAAAUACAGUAGGAGCACCCCUUAAUUAUUUUCUUAUGACUAGAGGGAGGUAGGAAAAACCAGGGUGGGCAGAAGGUUAGCCUCUCCUUCAAUCCUGAGCGGCCCUCUCAUAUUUCGUUACGUUGGUUUUACACAAUUUAGUCUCCCGCCUAGUCGACAGCUGGUUACGUGCACUUUCACUUAGACCAAAAAAGUAUCUAUUCACAACAAGAUAGCAUUAGCAUUCCCGACAUUUUCCAAAAUUCGCGAAGGUUUCAAAAUGAACAAGAUAAAAUCGUACUUGCAUAGGGUCAUACAGUCUCAAAUGAUAUAACAUUAGAAGUUUCCUGUUUAAGGGAUCUCUUUAUUAAAUUUAGUAACUUAUGAAAUUUCUUAACUUUUUCCGUUUUCCCGCUCGCAUAAAAAUUAAGAACAUUGUAAGUGCCUUAUUCUAUUUCUGUUGAAGCUUCUUUGUCCUCCAUCUGUACCCACCUGUUACCACCGUCGAUCUCCUUACACUUUGUCAGCAAAUACUUUCCGUGAUACGUGCCGUGUGUUUCGCAUUUGCUGUUGUGUACUCAAUUUUAAUUGUUGUUAGAAAAUACUACUGCGUUGGUACUAUUUCAUAACUUUGUUGCAAAUCGACAACUGCAAGAUGGAUUGGAUGGCAUCAACUGGAGGCGCCCCAUCUAUGGUUCUUAUUCCGUUGGGGAUACGUUACAACAGUCAAUAUUACAUCAGUACCCAUUGUUUGUCUUAUCUAGAUGACCUCGUUGUGCAGUUAAAAGGUGAUGACAAAAAAACUCAUUUACGACGACGUGGCCUUAGCUACGUGGAUUUUAUUAAUACGGAUCUAAAGCCAAUUUUGAUUUGGAGUUCUGAAAAUGAUGAACCCAAGAUCUUUCGGUCAGCAGUCAGGUUAUUUGCUGAAAUAUCGACACCCAUCGAGUGUCUUGUUUUCGAAGAUACAAUCAACCAUGCAAACGGAAAAUCACCAAACGUCAUUUACGAAUUGACUCAGUUAUUGUAUAAGUCCAAAGAAGCCUUUCUCGAUUUGAGUUUUAUUCAAGCUCUUUUGCAUCAUCUCGAGCUUCUUUUGGAAGAACAAAUAUUAUCAUCCGAAGAAACAAUAUUUAUUACAUUUGCAUUGGUACUGUUUCGAAAUGUAUUACACGCUCCCGAGCGCCCACCUGGGGCACAACAAGAUCAACUAGUAUGCAACCUCUUUUCGCAUAAAUUUGACGGGUACCUAUUAAAAUUACUGGCUUGUCCACAAAGGGAAGAAUGGGCAGCAGUGAUCACGCAGAUUAUUUCCGUUAUUUUUAAAGACCAACCGGUAGAGAACAUACAGAACAGAUUGCGAAUGCGAAUGGAGACCAUAACCUCAGGAUCGGAGAAUUAUGAUGAAAGCAACAACUCCUCUGAUAAGGUUGGCGAAAAUAGUACGCCAAACGACGUAUCAAAAUUUUUGGAUCAAUUUGUGGUUGAUUUUAUGUUAGACGGUUACAACGUAGUUGUAGGCAUUCUUCAUCAGCAGUUACUUAGGGACACAAAUCUUCCAUUGGGCAAACCCCAAUUUUUUUGGCUCAUCGCCUAUUUUUUAGGUUUUGCUUCAAUCCUCAAGUCUGCCUUUGAAAGCAUAAAGAACGUGCUGAAUAUUGAUAUUUUGUGUCACCUAACAUGGGAGACUGUAUGUGAAAUAGGAAGAUUGGACAAAAACACAUUGCAACGUUCAAUGGAUGCGAAUCCGCGUCGGAUACAUCGAUGUGUUAGAGCCAUCCGCGAAUAUUUACAAGCAUUUCAGGUGUAUGCUCGUCUCGACAAUAACACACGAGUAAACAUAAGUGGACCUGGGUCUUUUCACGAAUAUCAACGGUGGUCUUAUCUUCCCGCAAUGAGAGAUCUCCGUCAACUGUUCGUGCUCCUGCUGCGUCAGUUCAAUCCAAAGUUUCACUGUAGACGUCUUCUGUGUGACAUCAUCACAGGAAAUCACCUUCUGAUGACUACACUUAAGCAACAAGCCGAUGAGUUCUCCGCUUGCGGUCCAUGUUUUGAUAUGACUGAGCAUCUGAGCCAAUUUCGAACAAAAACAAUUUUGGCUCGAUAUGGAAGCGCACUAUCAGAUUUUAGGACGAAUGGGCCUAUCGUCAACGACUCUAUUUUUACAAUUUUUCUUCAUGUUAAAAAUGAUCUAGGCAGAACUGAUCUUUUAUUAGAUCCUGUUAUUUUGCGCCCAUUCGUCAAAAUUUGGGAGGAGGAAUUCUGCAUUUGCGACGGUUGGCACACUCUGAUAGAAUGUGUUUUGCAGACAUUUUGGAAUAACCAUCAGAGUGGCAAUUACAGUAUGGAGCCUUUUCCCUGGAAUACAACGACUGAUGGAUUGGCCGAUGAAGAGAACUUGACUCUGACGAAAGCCAAACAUACUCCUGACAAUUUUAAUCCUUCAUUUAACGUACUUCAUACUGAUACGCAGGCUGUUGUUGAUAAGCUGAAAAAUUCAGGAUUCCAGAAACAGCUUCUUUGGAUUCAAUCGUCUUUAUUGGCUGCCUGCUCAGCACGUUUGGGUACUUAUGUCGGCCAAGAAUUUCGCAACCCUAUUGCUAGUCUUAGUCUCAGAACUAAUACGUCGUGUCCAAUAAUUCCGUGGACGGAAGAAGAAUCUUCUGCCCUAAAUUCGGAUCUAUUUCACUUCCUUAUGUUUCAAAUUGGUCUUAUUCCACCCGCUUCUUGCGAUUCCGUCUAUCCUUGCAUCCCUCGUGAGUGGUCGCCUGACACCGUCUAUAAAGUCGCUCUCGUUUUCGGAAAUGUUGAUCAACAAAAUAUCGAUUUCGACCUCACUUGCGUCUGCAAGUCUCAACUUAAAAAUCGUGUUGCUAGUUCUCUCCUUUAUAUUUCAACAGAUGGUUCCCAUCAUCAACACAUACUUCAAAUAAGUGCGGAACAGUAUCAAAAACAAGAUGAAAUACUUGCUUCUUUGCCAGAUGUUCCCUGUAAUGUCUGGGAGUGGAUAGGGAAAUCAGAACUUGGAGAAAUCUGGACACCGGAAAUUGAAGACGCUGCUAUUAGUGAUAUGGCCAAUGGUGUGAAUGCGUUGGGAUUUUUUAACGAGUUCUCUUCGAGGGAAGACGAAGAAGUCCUGGAUGAUCUGGAAUGACAUAAGAAGAUUGCGGUUCCUGUUCAGUGAUAUGUAUCUUGUUGAAUUCAGUCCCAGCAAUUUCCUAAUAACUUUUCCCAUCCGCAUAAAAAUUAAGAACAUUGUCAGCGCGUUAUUUCUAUUUCUAUUAAAGCUACCUUGGCCUCUAUCGGAACCCACCUCUUGCCACUUUUGGUCUCCUUAAUUUUUUUUUUUUAAAUUCCCUCAUUGGCUUCUAAGAGGGUCCUGA